AUGGAGUCCUACUUCACCUACCUAUACAUCUCCGUCUUCAUUGGGCUCCUCGCCUAUGUGGUGGUAUAUCGCGUCUGGACUUUGCCCUAUGCGAAUCUACCUGGGCCUACCUCCCCCAGCUGGCUCUUUGGCAAUACCAAGCAGAUCUCCGCCGUUGAGCCUGGUGCCAAGCACGAAGAAUGGGCCAAAGCCUACGGAACGACGUAUCGCCACCAUAUCCUCUUCGGCAAAUCCCAAAUCGUCACCACCGACCUUACCGCCAUCAGCUUCAUCAUCUCGCACGCGGACGAGUUCCCCAAGCCCGCUCUGAUGCGCAAGUCCUUCGCCUUUCUCCUCGGAGAAGGUCUCGCCGUCGUCGAGGGAGACGACCACCGUCGACAGCGCCGCGUCCUCAACCCCUGCUUCAACCAGCAGGUCGUCCGGGGUCUCCUGCCCACCUUCUACGACAUGGCCGAGCAGCUGCGCGAGAAGCUUUUGGCCGUGAUCGAGGACGAUCCGGACAAUGCCGCUUCGCCUACGCCGGCCAAGGGAGAGGAUGUCGUCCCCGGCGGUCGCAAGAUUGAUGUGAUCAAGUACCUCACCAUGUGUACCAUAGACAUCAUCGGGAAGGCGGGCUUCGACUGGGACUUCCAGGCGCUCAGCAAGCCGAAGAACGUGCUUGCGGAGGCGUACGACAGCAUGUUCUCGGCGGGGUACAUCCACCCCCUCGCCGCGUUCCUGCAGAACGCCAUCCCUGGAGCCGAUCGUAUUCCUACCAAGUAUCAGACCAUCAUGAACGAAAGUCGCGCUACCACGCGCCGUAUCGGUCAGAAGUUGAUGGACGACAAGAAGAAGGCCAUCAAAGCCAGCUUCGAUGAGGGUCUCCAGAAGGGCGACGAUAUCGGCAAGGAUCUGCUAUCCAUCUGCAUCCGGGCAAACAUGGCUUCAGACCUAGCUCCAGAGCAGCGACUCAGCGAUGAGGAAGUUCUCGCCCAGAUCACCACCUUCCUGCUCGCAGGGAAUGAGACCUCCUCCACCGCCCUCACCUGGAUCCUAUACCUGCUCGCCCAAUAUCCCGAAGAGCAGAAACGUCUCCGCGAGGAGAGUCUCGGGGUCGAUAAUGAGCGUCUUUCCCUUGAGGCCAUUUCGUCCCUCCCCUACCUCGACGGUGUCGUCCGAGAAGCCCUCCGCCUCUUCCCGCCCGUCGCCGGCAGAGUAUCCGAGGCGGCUAAGGAUAUGGUCGUCCCGCUUGGUCGAGCUGUCCAGGGCCAAGACGGGAAGGUGAUGGAGCACAUCAAGGUGCCCAAGGGAACUUUGGUCAACAUCCCGUACCGCAACGUUCACAUCUCCGAAGACAUCUUCGGGCCCGAUGCCGCCCUCUUCAACCCCUCCCGCCACAUCAAAGAAGGGCAAGAUGACCACCUCCGCGCCACCCAGAACACCGUCCCGGGCGUAUGGGGCAACCUGCUCUCCUUCUUCGGAGGCGCCAGAGGGUGUGUGGGCUACAAACUUGCUCUGGCCGAGAUCAAGGUGAUCCUCUUUGUGCUGGUCAGGGGAUUGGUAUUUGAGGAGCUGGCGAGCAAGCCGGUCAUCAAUCGCCACCUUGAUCUGGUCAACGUACAGCGACCCCGAGUCGUAGGCGAGGAGGCUGCCGGUAUGCAGAUGCCGCUCAUGGUCAAGCCCCUUAUUCGGGCUUGA